UUCAUUUUUCACAGUAGAAAAUCUACGAUUAAUGAUCAAAGAAAAUAACAUUAGAUUAACUUUAUUUAACACCUUAAUGGAUGUUUCUAAAGAUUUUGCCACUAGAUCAAUUCAAACCAAAAGUUCUCAAAAACAAGCACUUUCAGAUUCACCAGAUCAAUUAGAAAAUAUAACUAGUUGGGACGAUUCUAAUCAUCUUUUAGUAUUUUUCAUGUCUCAAACACCAGAUUCCAUUUGUGCUUUAUAUCGUGAUAGAGCAAAAGUUCCUGAAAAUGUUCAAACUUUACUUAAAAGUCAACAUAUUUCUAGAGAUAAAUGGCAAUUAGAAGAUUAUAGAACGAUGCAUAUGGAAUUGUUGUUGCAUAGAUUGGAAAGUCUAGCACGUAAAACUCAACAUCAAAUUAAUUAUCCACCUUAUGCUUUAUCAGCUGAUAAUCUUUUGAAGAUGGCUUUAAUUUUGUUGAGAACACGCGCAAAUGUGCCUGUAACAAGCUUGAUUAGCUUCCUCGCCAGAGUGGUUGAAGCCGAAUUUCAUGCUUUAAAUCUUCAUGCUGGUAUAACAGAAGAAAUAAUCAAUCAAUUUAUGGAAGAUUCUCAGAAAAACGUUGAUCAACAUGAAGUCUGGUUAUUCUUUGAUGAAAUCAAUACAUGUAAUCAUAUAGGUCUUUUAUCAGAUCUAAUAGCUCAUAGAGUGUAUAAAGGCAACCAAAUGGUGCAUCCAAAUAUUAAAAUAUUUGCCGCAUGUAAUCCAUACAGAAUUAGAACUAAAAGUUCAAGCGUGGCAGGUUUACAAAUUAAAAGAUUUGAUGAACAAAGAAGCAAUUUAGUAUAUGAAGUGAAACCAUUACCAGAUCAAAUCCUAGAUUAU